GAUCUCAGUGGGCAGCAGCACUUCAUCCUCUUUAAAUCAUCUUAGAUGGAGAGAGUGCUGAUUUUAAAAUCGGCUUCUCCUCCCAACUGUUCACAUCAAGAUUCUUCUCCUCCUUUGCCACUGAAUGCUCAGGAAGAUUCAGAUCACCAAGCAUCAUCUGUGCCUGCUGCCAUGCAUAUCCCAGCUGUACCACCACCACCACCUCCUCCACCUCCACCUCCACCUCCACCUCCUCCUCCUCCUCCUCCUAGUCUUCUUCCUCCGUGUCCAUUUGGCGGCCGUAGUGUUCAGAGGCGUUCCAUGAAGAAGCUGAACUGGGACACCAUCCCCAGCCAGCGUGUUCUGGGCAAACUGAAUGUGUGGACGUCCAGUCGGCCCCAGAGGGACCUGGUGCUGGACAUCCGGAGCAUGGAGGAGCUGUUCAGUCACGUGGACAAACGGGCCUCGCUACCCAAUUCAAAGGUCAUCGGACCCAAGAAGUGUGAUGGCAUUGACGCCUUUCCACUGGAGCCUCAGGUUACAAUUCUUGACUCCAAAAGAAGCAUGAAUAUUGGAAUCCUCCUGAAACACUUCAAGAGGCCAGUGAAAGAAAUAGUAGGGGACAUUCGUCAAGGGAAUUGGCACAAAUUUGAAACGGGCAAACUAAAAGAGCUUUGCAAACUGCUGCCAGAGGAAAAUGAGGUGAAGCAUCUGCUGUCGUUCAGUGGGAACCUCUCUGUGUUACCUGAGGCCGACCAGUUCAUGGUGCAGCUGGUCAAAGUGCCAGGCUUUGAGGAACUCCUGAAGAUGAUGGUGCUGAGGGAGGAAUUCUUUCCUCUAAUGGAGGAGGUGAAGAACUCUGUUGCCAUCAUGACCAAAGCAGCUAAUGAGCUGCUGGAAUGUGAUGACCUCCACUCAGUCAUUCGACUCGUUUUAAAAGCCGGAAAUUACAUGAACGCUGGUGGCCACAGUGCCAACGUCAUUGGAUUCAGGAUGACCUCUCUGCUCAAGCUGGCAGACACGAAGGCCAACAAGCCUGGCAUGAACCUCAUGCACUAUGUAGCUCAGCAAGCAGAGGACAUUGAUACGGAGUUGCUCACUUUUCCCAGCCAGCUUGAUCACAUUGGGAUGGCAGCAAGAAUUUGCAAAGACGAAGUAAUCACAGACUUUGAGAGGGAAGUCAAGAAGAUCAAGGAGGUGAAACUGUACUUCAGCAGACAGCCUGGCCUCCUGCAACAACUGGAGACCUUUCUCAAGAGGGCAGAGGCCAGGAUUGAAGACGUGGAAUCCUUGCUUCUGGAACUAACAGUGCUGAGUGAUGCUGUUGCUGAGUACUUCUGUGAAGACCCAGCUGCCUUCAAACUAGAGGAGUGCUGCUCCAUCUUCCACUCAUUUUGUAAGAGGUUUGAAACAGCUGUGCAGGAGAACCGAGAGCGAGAGGCAGCAGAGCAGAGACGCAAGAGGAAGGAGAGUGCCCGUGUUGUAGGAAAACGCCGUUCCACGUUGUCCAGCGCAGGGUCCGACCCCAACGGUGACUCCUCGUGUUUGGAGUCGGUCCUGCACAGCUUCCUUUCCACAGUCCCUGAAAGUCUAGCCAGAUGCAAGAAGAGCAUACUGCCCCCAAUCGAAGGGUCGCCCUCUGUUUCUGAGACUGCUCCACUGGUAACAAAAACAGAGGCAACAUCCCCUACCACCCAGAACAGCCCAGGGAAGGAACAGCCCAAGCUGCAAAAAGAGGACAAGGAAAAGACACGCGUGGAAAACAAGGACGCUGAGAAGUUACGUGAGAUAACUCGGAAGGUGCUUCACUACCAGAGGAGCAGAGGCAGCCUUGAUGGGGAUAGAGCUUCAAGAACUCCUCGACGUUCGGAGAGAGUACAAGACAAGACUCCUGUCCCUUGCACCCCUCGGCCCAGAACCAGAGACUUCUUCUUCACCAAUGAUGGGGAUGUGGGCUCACCGUGGACUAUCCUGAGCCCUUUUACUUGUCCCCAGAAAAACAACCCCCAGACACCGCGACCAACCCACCAGCGAAGACUGUCUGCGACAUACGGUGGAGACAACCAGGAUGACGGAGUCUGGGAGACUGAUGGGUGCAGUUAUCUACCCACUCCCUCCAAACGGGACAGUGUAACUUCUCCGUCUGGGGGUUCUGCGUCUCUUCCUGACUGCAUUCGUCAGAGAGCUUUGUCGCAGGGUUCAGUCCCAAGGUCUGCUUCAGUGGAUGAAUCCAAGCAAUCUCCUGCAUCUGGAUUCCGACUCGGAGACUUGUUCCAGAGAAGCAUUUCUCAGAGGUCACACUCCUCUGGUUCAAGGACAGAAACUAUGAGAGAAGAAGAACCUGGAGUCUGUUCAAGGCUCGGCAGUAAAACGGGGAAUCACAUCGAGGGGCAAGUGAGCACAUCUGGAUUUAUAUCCUUCUUCAGACGCAUCGGAGGCAAAAGUAAACCUGGUGAUUUGGAAUAGCAAAAAUUUAAAGGAUCUAAUUAAGAAUUUUAUUGAGAGAAAGAGACCAAUUAUUAUUAUUAUUAUUAUGUGUUUUAUAUCGUUAAACUUUUUUACUGUUGUACUUUAACUCUUCAGUGGAAACAAGGCAAAUGUGGACUUGCUUUGAACUGUGAAGGUUUUGAUUUUUGAGAGUCAGGCCACGUUCAAAAAUCGCUGUCUUUCCUUUUUGUCUUUUUUGCGCAAUAAAGAGUCACAUUCUUAUUUUA